UAUUUCGCCUUUCUCCUCUGCAAUGUAGACUAUGGCGUCUGGUGGCAAGUGUUAGAGAGGUCGCUUCUCACGUCAGGUAGAUCAUCAAAUGGUGAGUUGCAAAGUUUGAAGAUCUCCAUCACAAUUCACAUUCUGUGUCAUAAUGGAGUGUGUCAGUGUAAAGGAUGACAGACCUUUGCACGAGCUGAGGUUUGACGCUGCUGUCAAAGUGAUACAAAGUUUACCCCCCAACGGUUCCUUUCAACCCUCCAAUGACAUGAUGCUCAAAUUUUAUAGUUAUUACAAACAAGCCACAAUAGGACCUUGCAAAAUACCCCGUCCUGGGUUCUGGGACCCCGUGGGCAAAGCUAAAUGGGAUGCAUGGAAUUCUCUUGAAGAGAUGAGCAAGGAAGAAGCAAUGAAAGGUUAUGUUGGUGAAAUGAAACUUAUUCUGGAGGGCAUGCCCAUCACGGAUGAGGUGGAGCAGCUCCUGCAGGUAAUGGGUCCGUUCUACGAGCUGGUGGACGAGAAGAAAAAGAUCAGUCAGGUGUCAGACCUGACCACAGGAUUUGGGACGACGUUAGGUUCCAAGCCCUCUAAGAGCGUCACAAUGAGCAUCAUCAGAACCAUGGAGAUGAACGGUACUUUGGAGACCCGACCAGCCAGGCUAGCUCCUCCAAACCAUAACAACAUCUUGGAGAUUGAGCAAAAGGCAGAGGAAAUACAGGAAGACGAAGAUGAUAUCGAUGAAGAGGAUGAAGAGGAAGACGUUAAGAUAAGGGAUUCGAAACAAGACCAGAAAACAGCAGUCUGCCAGCUAAAGAAGAAGGGCUCUGCCAAGAAACCCAGAGUGCCUGGGUCUAACGGUAAGGUGGGGAACGGACUGGCCCACCAGACCAAUGGCACCCACUCCUCCAAGUCUGCGCUGAACAGCGACGACUCUGAGGAGGGCCUCAUCAGCGCCUCCCUGCUCCCUGAACUGCAGGUUAACGGGCACCACACAGAUCCAUGUGAAGAUGUGUCUGGUCCCCAUCACCUGGCGAGUGACUCCGACAGUGAGGUGUACUGUGACUCAAUGGACCAGUUUGGUCUAGAAGAGGGCUCAGACGAGCAGAUGAACUGCUCUCUGGAUCUGGAUGAGGGGGAGGGGGAGAGCCACAGCCCUCUGUCCUCUCAGGAGGAGCCCCAGGCAGGGCUUGGGGCCCCCGGGGAGGAGCAGGACCUCCCAGAGGGCAUGCAGUGUGGAGGAGAGGAACCGCAGACGGGUGGAGCUGCUUCUCAGAGACAGAGACAAAGCACAGAGAGGCCUGAUGGCUCCCUAGUCAGGAGAAGCAGGGGUUCCAGGUCGUCAAGCCAAAGUCCUGGGGCCCAGGGGCCCACACAGGGCAGUGGAGGGGACGGGGGCCGCUGGGGGGCCGCUGGGCCUCCUGGGGUAAGCCUGAAUGAGCAGAUAGUGGUGGCUCUGGCCAGACUUCAGGAGGACAUGCAGAGUGUUCUAGAGAGACUGCACACUCUAGAGGCUCUCACCGCCUCCCAGGCAAGGUCAUUGGAUUUAUCUCCCAAUUAUACAUCAACCCCAGCAAAAAAGAGCAGCAAGAAACCUUCCUGGUGGCCUUUCGAUGUGUCUCCAAGCACAGUGGCCUUCGCAGUGUUAUGGCCAUUUGUGGUGCAGUGGCUUAUACGUGUAUACUUUCAACGUAGAAGGAGACGAAUCAACUGAUAAGUCUACAGGCCGAAACAGACAAGGGCGGAGGGAUAGGAGAUCUCUCUCUGUGUCUUUGAUAGCCCCCUUCCGCUCCACCGUUCAGCUCAGUAACUCCAGCUUUUGCACUAUGAAGAUGGCACUAGGAGGAGUAAGUGAGAGAAUGCUUUUGGCACUAGAAAGUGAAAUCAAAGAAAAAUGUGAAUGUAUUGGAUUGCAUCUUACAUAAUCAUCCAGGCUUUUAGAGACGAUACUAGUACCGUACCACGUUAGUCAUUUCUUGGUUUGUGGGUGGAUGUUUCGGAAAGGGAGAUUUGUCCAUUGGAAUGUGGCAGUGUUUAUUUGUUGCUGUCAUUCACGUCUCCUUGUCUUUUAUGUCCGUUGGUAAGAUCUGACAUCACUGGAACUCUCUGCAUCUGUACUGUAAGAGGCCGAAGGGAGUUUCCUACCAUGUCCUGCAAAUGCUUGCAACUGAGAAACCCUAACCAUAUCCAUAUACUUGCUUUAGCAAUGCUGCUGAGAUAUUGUACAAACUGUAGUAUACAGUGAAAUGUAAUGGUAUAAUGUGUGAGAGAUGUUAGUUUAUUCUUAAAAAAACAUUUUGAUUUUUCGAUAAAGUUGGUUGUCAUAUAAAAACUUGAUAAUGA